AUGUUGCAAAGCACUCUGUACCGCCUCACACCUCGUUCCCCUGACACUCCGCUGUCAGCAGCUACCAAGACCCGACAAGGUAAGCACUUCGCCCCUUCUCCACCAUUACCACGAGCCCUGUUGACGUUGCGGCAGCUCUCUGCAAUGUCUCACUACAACUAUGAAGAUGAUGAGGUCUACAAUGGCCCUGGCUGUUGGCGUCGACUCGAGGAUUGGGAGGAUACGUCCAGCAGCGCUACGCCUGCCGCUACGACUAACAACUCCAACAACCGAGGUGGGCGUGGAACUUCUUCCCGGAACACCUCCGAUUCGACAUCCCACAGUGGCCGUCAGGCUACGACCACCUCCGAGACUCGCCAGUCUCCUGAGAACGGUGCAGGAUCCAAGGACUCUGACAAGUCCGAGGAAAAGAAGCCUAAGCCAUCCUGGUGUGAGUCCCCCUCGAAGAAGUGA